AUGCUAAGAGUAAUGGCAUACGCACUUACACAUUGGUACACGGUCGCGGCUUCCUUACAUCGCGCCACAAUCGGCGUGUUUAAUGGCAACACUGAGAUGAGCACAUGCACUACGCGUGGUGGAGCGGGUGCGGCGUCAGCGAGGGCGUGUACUGAAGCGUCGCGACGGUACCAGCGGCGGGACGAGCGCUCGCACGGGCCAGCGCCGACACACGACAGCCUCCGUCGCAAUGACGAAGCGGCCGGGCACGCGCGCGCGCCCUGCGACAUAUACCCUCCCCGACACUCCCCGACGCCCCGCGAGAUAACACGACGCGGGGGUGAACAAACCCACAGCACUUCUCCUUCUAACACAGUGAUGAGGUUAAGGAUUCAGACUUUCCCGUGGCAUUUUACGGUUCGAUCGCCCUAA